AUGAUAACGGCUGAAAUUAGUUAGAUUAAGAUUAUUAAAAACUACUGUAAUAUUCAAGACAGACAAAUCUGAUUAUCUGAGGAAGGUGUAGUACGUCCAAAAUAUUAGUUAAUAUCUUGUAGUAUUAAAUUUUGGUAAAUUACUGUUUUACGUAUACACCACAUAGGGGGGCACAUGAAAAAUUGUGUUGGAGUUCUUAAUCAGACAAAAUUGAAGAUUUAGCGCGAAGUUAGAGACAUUGCUUCGAUCUCUAUAUUUUGGUGCGUUGAUUACUUCUUUUUCCCUUGUUUAUUUUCUAGUACUUUGUUGGUUUAAUAAUCUACUUUAACACCAAACCUUUAGGCCAAAAAAUAAAAAACACCAAACCUUGCUCAACCAUUAUGAUUUGCAUAGUUUGCUAAAUAUGAGAUAAUCUUAGCAAGAACAACAUCAAAGUUCAACAUUUGCGGAUAUGUAAGUAACGAAAAAUAUCACACUUGAAAGUUACUGAAAAGAUGUUACAGAACAUUAACGAAUACAACAUCUUAACGUAACACCCCUAUAUUUCCAUUACUCUAUAUAACCCCCAAUAGAAUAGUUUCUAAAUCUACACACAAAACCUUACCAAAAACCAUGGGAAAGCCAGCAAGCGUAUCUCCGGCGAUCUUCCUCCUAGUCAUCCUUCUGGUGACGGCCGGAGAGACGACAGAGGCGAAGCCAUGGUGGGAGAAAGUAGGAGAUUCCAUCGGGAACAUUGUCGGAGGAGUAGGAGAUGCGGUGGGGAAUUUUAAAGCAGUGGAGAUGGGAUUGUCGUUAAAAGGAGGAUCUUGUGUGAGAGAGCUUCUAUCUGUGAGUACGAAUAUAUUCAGUGAAUGGUGUAUAGCUCUUAAUGAUCCAAGAGCUCCCAUGUAUAUGAAGAUUGAGAAUAUACCAACUGGUGUGUCAAUCGAGUCCAUUUUGAAGAAGCCUGUUGAUUUUAUCAAGCAACAUUAUCCCAAUUUCUUGAAAGUUUGGAACUUUAACCAGAAAACUAAGAGAAAGCCGAGACGUGCUCUUUAAUUUUUUAGUCUUAGCUUGUUCUUUUUGUCUAUUUUCAGACAUGCAGAUUCGGUAUUGUGUCGAUUAAUAAUAACAAAGUUGAGCUAUGUUAUUGUUAUUUGUUGUUUAAUUUGAGUACUAUAUAGUAUAAUUAAAUAAUAUAAUUUGGGUUACAAUUUAAGUAUUGCCUAAUUGUGGUUUUA